AUGUAUUUAUUUCUUUCAACCUCAGAACAAUUUGGAUUAUCGCAAUUAUCUAUGAUGGAUGAUAGAAUAAAAAAAAAUGACAAUAAAAAAGUUUUCAUUUCUUCAAAACAAUAUCAAUAUCCAUAUAGUGUAUUUCCACAAUUUAAACAUCCAUUAUUUUCAAAAUUUUUUUCAAAUAAUAAAAAAAGACCAUAUAGAUAUUCUGUGUAUGAAUUUGUUCAAACUCCAUUAAAAUUACAAGAAUCAGGAAAAAAAAUUAAGAAUCGUUACUUGAAUUUAAUAUAUAACAAACAUCCAUACAUUAUAAAUAAUAGAAAAAUUAAUAUUUGUAGUGUUUUAUCAAAAGAAUAA